AUGGCGGACGUCGUGCAAUUCAGGCUCGAGCACAUGCUCGACGAGUUCGACGACCUAGAGCGGCGCGGCCUGUUCAGUAGCCGCGAGAUUGCCGAGAUAGUCAAACGGCGCCGCAAGUUCGAGUUCCGCCUCAAGCGGCCGAGCCCUCUCAAGAAGGAUUUCUUAGCCUACAUCGACUACGAGAAGCAGCUCGACACCCUCCGCGAAAAAUCCCUCCUUCGGAAGACCGGCGCGGAAAAAUCAGAGGAAACGAUCUCCGACCACGCCGGCGUCGCCAGGAUCCUCAACAUUUAUCGGCUCGCCGCCACCCGGUUCAAAGGAGACCUCAAGCUCUGGUUUCAGUACUUGGAAUUUUGCAGAGAGCAGCGUCACGGUCUUGGCCGUAUUUCUAAGAUAUCAUUCAAAAGAGCCUGCUGCCUGGAUUUAUUCUGCUGCUUGGAUUUCGACACCAAUCUAAAUGUUGAAGCUGCCCGAAAAACCAUGCUCAAAGGUAUGAGAGCGUGCCCAAAUUCUGAGGACCUAUAUAUAGAAUAUAUUCGGAUGGAACUCACAUUCCUCAACAAGCUAAUAGCGCGAAAGGCCCUCUUGGGAGACCAAUCUAUUGUUCACAAGAGUGCCAUUGAGGAACAGUGGAAAAACGAGAACAAGGAAUUGUUUAUGGCCCUUCAUGAGGUUGGGGAUAAUAAUAAAAGAGAUAGUAUCCAAGAUGGGAAAUUAGUUCAGAAAAUAUUCAAAUUAGUUCAGACUACUUAUAGUCAUGCAAUUGAAUCUCUGCCCGCUGCAUUCGGUCUCAGAACACGAUUUCUUGAUAUAGUGGAAGCACUAGGUUUAGCUCAUUUGCAAGAUAUGCGAGCACAGAUACUUAGUGACCUGAGAAGGGAUUUUUCAAAGGAGCCGUUUUAUUGGGAUUGGCUUGCGAGGUAUGAAGCAGGAGAUCUCGAACGACCAGAUCAAAAGCGGUUGGGCAAAGCAGUUCGGUCAAAUAGGGCUUGCGAAGCUGAAGUUUAUUUUGGCUCUGACACUGGCACUGAUGCCAUUGACAUUGGUUUCCAUCUUCAGACAGUAAACGAGAAGGCUGAGGAGAUGGGCUUUCUCACCGAAGAUCUUGCUUGCCUUCAUGAUUCAUUGCAGUUGUGGACUUUACGGCUCUCCAUAGAGAUGAAAGGCACUCUCGGUGAAUCUACUUAUCCAACCAAGGGUGACCUAAAAUACAUCUUUGAGCUCUUGAGAAAUGUUCUAAUGAAAGUUCGUGCUUCGGAAGCUGAAAACUUGUGUUUAAUGGGGCUGAAAUACUUUGCAAGUCAAAGACACUAUUUUGACAAGCUUGUGAAGAUUUCAAUCUUGGCUCUGGCCAGAGAUGGAGGGAGUGAGAGUGGAUUCUCACUCUCGGCGACAAUUUUAAUUUACUUACUUCAGAAGGAUGGAAUUGAAAGUGCAAGAGAGACGUACAAGCAGAAUUGCAUCGAGCUAGAAUCGAACCUUGCAUCUGCUGGGGACAAGAGGGCCCUUGCAAAUGUUCGGAAACUGUACAAUUCUGCACUUGCAACUUACGAUCAAGAUGCAAGCCUGUGGCGGGACACAUGGGAAGUUCUGAAACUGCUGCGGCUGUCUAUUGGCGUGCAAGGAAGUCCCUCAAAGACACCAGUGCCCUUCGUGCCAGUAUANAGCAAACAUAAACGUUUUUCACUCUUUCGUUACCAUGUGCUGACUUAG